UCAAGCUAGGGCUGUUCACAAUUUUAUUUUGGAUUUUAGGCCAUAGCUUUUCUCUGUAUAUAGCUUAUCCGAAGUUUGCAUUUCUUCAUAGAAGAACAUCGGAAAAGAAUAGUUCAAAAGAAAAUAUAAAAAGCAGGACAAAGAAUGAAGAAGCAAGUUCUAUUCUCAAGUGUUUCUCGGUUUCUUUUCCUUUGUUUUCUUUUUCUUUUCAUUUGUCUAUGUAUUAAAGCUCAGACUUGCGAUCCUAGUGGCGAUAUACAAGGGACAACGCCUCCACCAGGGCAAUGUAACCAAGAGAACAACGCUAGGUGUUGUGUAGAAGGCGAGUUUUACACAACAUACGCAUGUUCACCACCGGUGUCCGCCAAUACGCUGGCUACCCUAACUAUUAACAGCUUCCAGCAGGGUGGGGAUGGCGGCGGCCCGUCAAAAUGUGACAACCAGUAUCACACGGAUGCUGAACCUGUGGUGGCACUCUCAACGGGUUGGUUCAGCCAGGGCAGUCGUUGCAAUAAAUUUAUUAAUAUCAAUGGCUAUGGGAGGAGUGUGAGGGCGUUGGUAGUCGAUGAAUGUGACUCUCAGGUUGGUUGUGAUGAUCAGCAUGCUUACCAGCCUCCAUGUCGCAAUAAUAUUGUUGAUGCCUCAAAAGCAGUUUGGACAGCUCUGGGAGUGCCUGAAAGUGUGCAGGGUGAACUAGAUAUUACCUGGUCUGAUGCAUAUACCUGCAAGCCCAGUGGCAAGAUAAGAGGGAAAAAACCUCCUCCAAAGAAAUGUAACAAAGAACAUGAUUCUGACUGCUGUGUAGAAGGCAAGCUUUAUGAUACUUACAAGUGUUCUCCAGAAGUUUCGAACCAUACCAAGGGAUUUCUGACUCUCAACGGCUUCGAUAAGGGUCAGGAUGGCGGCGGGCCAUCUGAAUGUGACAAGCGGUACCACAAGAAUUCAGAACUUGUGGUGGCACUUUCGACAGGAUGGUUCCACAAGCAAAAACGGUGUCUCAAGUUUAUUAACAUUUAUGGUAAUGGAAGGAGUGUUCAGGCUAAGGUAGUCGAUGAAUGUGACUCGACAAUGGGUUGUGACGAUGAACAUGACUACCAGCCUCCGUGCGAUAACGACAUUGUUGAUGCCUCGGAUGCAGUGUGGGAGGCCUUAGGAGUUUCCAAAGGUCAGCGAGGUGGAAUGGACAUAUACUGGUCUGACGCAUGAUUUCUUUCACCAUAUUAGCGUUGUUUAAAGCAAGAAUGGGGGUCUGUAGAUAUAUUUAUGAAUUAGUAUUGCUGGUG